AUGCAGCAGCCGCAGCCGCAGGGGCAGCAGCAGCCGGGGCCGGGGCAGCAGCUGGGGGGCCAGGGGGCGGCGCCGGGGGCCGGGGGCGGCCCGGGGGGGGGCCCGGGGCCGGGGCCCUGCCUGAGGCGGGAGCUGAAGCUGCUCGAGUCCAUCUUCCACCGCGGCCACGAGCGCUUCCGCAUUGCCAGCGCCUGCCUGGACGAGCUGAGCUGCGAGUUCCUGCUGGCUGGGGCCGGAGGGGCCGGGGCGGGGGCCGCGCCCGGACCGCAUCUACCCCCACGGGGGUCGGUGCCUGGGGAUCCCGUCCGCAUCCACUGCAACAUCACGGAGUCAUACCCUGCGGUGCCCCCCAUCUGGUCAGUGGAGUCCGAUGACCCUAACUUGGCUGCUGUCUUGGAGAGGCUGGUGGACAUAAAGAAAGGGAAUACUCUGCUACUGCAGCAUCUGAAGAGGAUCAUCUCCGACCUGUGUAAACUCUAUAACCUCCCUCAGCAUCCAGAUGUGGAGAUGCUGGAUCAGCCCUUGCCAGCCGAGCAGUGUACACAGGAAGACGUGUCUUCAGAAGAUGAAGAUGAAGAGAUGCCUGAGGACACAGAAGACCUAGAUCACUAUGAAAUGAAAGAAGAAGAGCCAGCGGAGGGCAAGAAAUCUGAAGAUGAUGGCAUCGGAAAAGAAAACUUGGCCAUACUAGAGAAAAUUAAAAAGAACCAGAGGCAAGAUUACUUAAAUGGUGCGGUAUCUGGCUCGGUGCAGGCUACUGACCGGCUGAUGAAGGAGCUCAGGGAUAUAUACCGAUCACAGAGUUUCAAAGGUGGAAACUACGCAGUCGAACUCGUGAAUGACAGUCUGUAUGAUUGGAAUGUCAAACUCCUCAAAGUUGACCAGGACAGCGCUUUGCACAACGAUCUCCAGAUCCUCAAAGAGAAAGAAGGAGCCGACUUCAUCCUGCUUAACUUUUCUUUUAAAGAUAACUUUCCCUUUGACCCGCCGUUUGUCAGGGUUGUGUCUCCAGUCCUCUCUGGAGGGUACGUUCUGGGCGGAGGUGCCAUCUGCAUGGAACUUCUCACCAAGCAGGGCUGGAGCAGUGCCUACUCGAUAGAGUCAGUGAUCAUGCAGAUCAGUGCCACACUGGUGAAGGGGAAAGCCCGAGUGCAGUUUGGAGCCAACAAAUCUCAGUACAGUCUGACAAGAGCACAGCAGUCCUACAAGUCCUUGGUGCAGAUCCACGAAAAAAACGGCUGGUACACACCCCCGAAGGAAGAUGGCUAACCCAGGAGUGCCAUCCCCUUCCUCCUUCCCCAGGCACCACUGGACCAAUUACCUUUGAAUGCUGUAUUUGGAUCUCACGCUGCCUCUGUGGUUCCCUCCCUCAUUUUUCCUGGACGUGAUAGCUCUGCCUAUUGCAGGACAAUGAUGGCUAUUCUAAACGCUAAGGGAAAAAAAAAAACACACACACACAGAACUGUUUGAAGUACUCAAGACUGACUUACAGACCAACCAACCACCUGGCUGGAACCCUUGCUAGCAGGCAUUCUUAUAAAAGAAACUUUCGAGCCUCCUUAUAUUGCUGGAAACUCAGCUGUGCUCCAGACUAGAGCCUCCUUACCUAUGCUAUGGAUUUUUAAUUUAUUUUCUCUUAUUUCAUGUACACUGCUUUUUUUGGUUACAGUGUAUGAUGGAUGUGUAUGAAAAAAAAUGUAUCUUUGGGAAAACAAUUACAGUUUGUUAAUUUGAAGACGCUGGUUUUGACUCAUCUUUAUUUUUAUUUUCAUAGCUUACCCUUCCCCCAUCCCCUGAAUUCCUUCAGCAGUUGGGGGAGGGGUACCAAGGUCACUGUGGCUUUGGGAGCCAUGAGGAGCUGCACUUCACUGCUAAAGCCAGAGAAAGGUGGAGCUGAAGCACAUGCCUGCCUCAGCCUGAAGGGCUCUGGAGUGACCAGACUUGUACCCCCUGGGAAGGCAGAGCUCAGCCUGCUGAACCGCAAAGCAGGCUGAAAUGAUGACCCUUAUUCUUAACUUCUAGUCACAGAUGUUUUCAAAUUUCUAAGAAAAAUAAGGAGGCCUAAGAGGCUGCUUCACAGAACUACUUUUAAAUGAACUGAAUAGGGAUGGGGCCAGUCUCAAGCAUGUAUGUGGUCCUUCUGAUCUCAGCAACAGGCUGUGUAGCUACCAUUCGUGUUCACUGGUCACCCUUCCCAGGAAGUGGCACUGAAGGGAGAUGGUUGGGAGCUCCGUUGCUGCUCCCCUUGUCUGUUGCUUCAUUUAUUCCUAACAGAAGAGCCAGGCAGAGCUCCGAAGUAAGUUGUUUGGCUUGGAGACUGAAUUCUUCUAAGGUACUUUCAUAAUGUGGGUCCUACUGGAAAGGAUUGGCUUUAAGGGGUUUGGUCCAUCUACCUGUGGGCCCCACUCAGGCUCAGAACUGCUGUGGAGGCAGGUCCAUGAGCUGACCUGCCGGUGCUGGGUCUGUGCUUGCUGUGUAAGUACAUCUGUGCAGCCUCCUGGUCCGCGAGCUUGCUCAGGGGCAGAGACAGCCUCCAGAACCUGCCUACAGACUGGAUGGUGAAAUGCCAGAGGCCAGGGAUGGCCAAGUGAGGAUGAGGAUGUGUCUUAGCUUAAACAGCACAGCCGUCUGAAACCUCUAGGAUGCCAGAGUUCUGUAUGCUUUGACACAACUAUUUUAACUUUGGUCACACCCCCCGCCCCCAAUUAAGGGAUUUUCAUGUCUUGCUGCUUCAGGUGGAUGCAGAGUUCACCGGAACCACUCAACGCUGCUCUAACCCUACCACACCCACCUGGUACAGGGUGCUCAUUUAUGCUGAGGUGGAGGUAAAGAGGGCAGGCACCCACAGGGAAACUCAUUUCAUGGAGCUGAGAUCUAGUUCUCAAGGCCUCUGCCUUUUUUCUGGACUUAUCACCAGCCCUGGCUGGAACGUACUAUAGGUUGUGUUUUCAGUAAUGUGUGCUGUGGGCUGU